AUGUCGGACUUCCUUCGCAGGGCAUCUGACGCGUUCCACCACCGCCAGCGUAAAGACUCAACGGGCUCAACAGGCUCAACAGACGCACCCAAAGCUCCCGACGCAGCAAAUCCUCCUCAGCAGGAGCCAAUGAACCAACAGUCGGAGCCUGCUCAGCCUGAGUCUCACGUCAACGAGGCUUUUUCUGGUACUGCAACAGAGAAUAUUGACAACCCGAAACAACCCCGUCACUGGGGCUGGCCACAUCGCGAGAAAAGCCACCCGGACACAAAGCAGCAAUCUAGCCAGGCGCAAAAAGAUGACACUGACUGGAUUGUUGGGACGUAG